AGCACAACAACGAGCUGGUGACCGGCGACAGCUACGAGAGCCCGCCUCCCGACUUCCGGGGCCAGGUGGUCCGGGCGGGGGCGCAGCGAGGCUCCGCGCAGAGCGGGGCUCUGCAGGGGCGGCGCGGCGGGGCUCGUAGUGGAUCAACCUUCCUGUGCUACACCUGACCAAGGACCCCCUGAAAGCCCCCGCGAGGCUGGACCAUGGCGCAAGGACUGCCUUCAUCCAGCACCGGGAGCAAGUCUGGAAGAGGUGUACCAGUGUGUGGUGAGCAGAGGGUUAACCAGGCCGAGGCCCCCAGAGCCCGGACGAAGGCGUCACUACGCCUCUGCUUUGGGCUGCUCUUAGACGGCUGCUUAAUAUCUGUGUCUUCAUGUAACCCCAGAUCAUAUCAGAUGAUCCGUCCCUAUUGGGAAAGUGAAGGCUUUACCUGAGGCUUAUCCCUCAGGCUUGGCUCGGUUUUACAGACCCGCUCCCAGCACCCAUCUUAGGCCAUGCACUACUCAUCCUGGGCUUUUAUCUGAAGCUCAGGACAGUUAGGAAAAGGUUGUAUUGGUCCACCUGGAUUAGGAGUUGAAGCAGUGUUACCUGGUUUCUGACUAUCAUUUUCAGCUGUGUAGCCUUGGAAAAGUUACAAACCUCUUUUACAGUGUGGUGACUGAAUAGAUGCAAGAGCACUUAGAGGCAUUUCUGGCACGUACUAAUCCCUUGGUAUGUCUGCUGUCGCCAUUAUGUCAGCAGGGUUGCUGGGCUCAUCAGUUGUGUCCAUUUGUUUCUUUGUGAGUUGUUGCCAAUCCUCUUUUAUUAAAGUUGACAUGCAUGACUUGGGAGGGAGCUCAGUUGAGUGCUUGCCUGGCAUGCAGGAAGCCCUGAGCUCAGUCAUUAGCACCACAGGAAACGGACAGUGGCGCUGGUAAUCUCAACACCAGGCAGGAGGGUCAAAGCUUGUGGUCAUUCCUGACAGUAGCAAGGCUGAGCCCAGCAGGGACUCCAUGAGACCCUCUCAGAAACAACCACACCAAAAAUCAAACAAAACAGACACUGGGCAAUAGGAUUGUGGCAAGUGGACUGUGGAAACAGCAGGCCCAGGGCUUCACUCUCUAUAGACGUACCGCCAAGUGUUUCCCAGAAUGUUACUCUUGGGCUCACUCAUGUCUUAACUGUUCCUCAGAUCUGUGUAUUUGCUUCCUACAUUUCUCCAAUUCAUCUCUUCCAUCUCCCACAAAUUCAGGCUACUUCAGGUGUUUUGUUUGUUUGUUUGUUUCUGAGAAGCCCUUAAGUUGUUUCUUUUUAAAAUUUUCUGGGUUUUUGAGACAAGGUUUGUCUGCAUAACAGCUCUGGUUGACCUGGAACUAGACCAGGCUGGCCUGAAACUCACAGAGACCCUCCAACCUCUGCCUCCCAAGUGUUGGGAUUAGAGGUGUGAGUCACCACCAUCUGGCUUCCUUUUUUUUUUUUUUUUUUUAAAUAAUGAGGUAAUGCCUCAUAUAGCCCAAGCUGGCCUCAUUCUCCCUCUGUUGCUCAGGAUCUUGAACUUGUAAUCCUCCCAGGUACCUUCUCGGUGUUGGGAUCACACACCUGUGCUACCACUUCUGAUUUUAUGUGCUGGUAGGGCUUGAACCCAGGGCUUUAUUCACGCUAGGCAGGUACUCUACCUACUGAGCCCAACACACCCCAACCCUCUUUAUGUUUGUUGAAUAAAUGAAACCUGUUAGGGCUUGCGACAGGGUAGAGUAAUUCUUUACCUUUUUCUCCCCGUGAGGCGGGAUAUGGGCCUUUUUGGAGUCCUGAAUGAAAUUGCAAAUUCAGAGGAAGAAGGUAAGUAUUCUCUGCGGCCCCUCUCCACACUUUCCGUUAGUCACCCAGAGCGGGUUCUGGUAUCCAAACCCAUUCAUUGCUGGCACAGGGCUGAAGAGUUUUGACACUCUUCACCUAAGGGCAUGCCCAGUGCUAGCGCUGUGAGCGCUGUGCCCAGUCUCUUUCACACCACAGUGUUUGAAUGGGUGAAGACGGCCUGCAGCUGGGCCCUGGCCGUCUGCCGAUGGGCCUCCUCCCUGCACGGCUCCCUGUUCCCGCACCUGUCUCUCAGGAGUGAAGAUCUGAUUGCUGAAUUUUCCCAAGUAACUAACUGGGCUAGCUGCUGCCUCCGAGUCUUUGCGUGGCACCCGCACACCAACAAGUUUGCAGUGGCCCUGCUGGACGACUCCAUUCGCGUGUAUAAUGCCAACAGCACUAUCGUUCCUUCCCUGAAGCAUCGUCUGCAGCGGAAUGUGGCAGCCCUGGCCUGGAAGCCCCUCAGUGCCUCCAUCUUGGCUGUGGCAUGCCAGAGCUGUAUUCUCAUCUGGACCCUGGACCCCACCUCCUUAUCCACAAGACCCUCCUCUGGCUGCGCCCAGGUGCUGUCUCACCCUGGGCACGCACCAGUCACCAGCUUGGCUUGGGCCCCCAAUGGGGGACGGCUGCUCUCUGCCUCACCUGUGGGUGCUGCUGUUCUGGUAUGGGAUGUCUCAACAGAAAUCUGUGUGCCCCUUCCUUGGUUCCGAGGAGGAGGGGUCACCAACUUGGUGUGGUCCCCAGAUGGCAGCAAAGUCCUGGCUACUACGCCAUCAGCUGUUUUCCGGGUCUGGGAGGCACAGAUGUGGACUUGUGAGAGGUGGCCAACUCUCUCAGGGCGCUGUCAGACUGGCUGCUGGAGUCCGGACGGAAACCGACUGCUGUUCACGGUCCUGGGGGAAGCACUGAUUUAUUCCCUGUCAUUCCCAGAUCGAAGUGGAACAGAGGAGGGCCAUGUUGGAGGCGCAGCGUCAGCAACAAUCGUGGCCGAUCUUUCUGAGACAACAAUACAGACCCCAGAUGGUGAGGAGAGGCUCGGAGGGGAGGCCCACUCCAUGGUUUGGGACCCCAGUGGAGAGCGUCUGGCUGUGCUCAUGAAAGGAAACCCACGGGUACAGGAUGGGAACCCUGUUAUCCUCCUUUUCCGAACUCGCAACAGCCCCGUGUUUGAGUUACUUCCCUGUGGCAUUAUUCAGGGGGAACCCGGAGCCCAGGCUCAGCUCAUCACUUUCCAUCCUUCCUUCAACAAGGGGGCCUUGCUCAGUGUGUGCUGGUCCUCAGGCCGGAUCACCCACACCCCACUGUACUUUGUUAAUGCGCAGUUUCCGCGCUUUAGUCCUUCUCUUGGCCGGGCCCAGGAGCCCCCAGCUGGAGGUGGAGGCUCUGUUCAUGAAGUGCCACUUUUUACUGAAACAUCGCCAACCUCUGCCCCUUGGGACCCCCUCCCAGGACUCCCACCCACCCAACCCCAUUCCCCCCAUUCCCCCCUGUAAAUAAAGCCAUGUAUUCUACUCGUUUA